AUGUUUCCAGCUAGUAUUCAUCGUUUACAAAAUCGUAUUACAAUUGAACAAUACGUAUUUUCUAUAACAAGAACAUUUGGUGAUCGAAUUGUAAAAUCAUGUGGAAAUCUAUCACUACCACCGAUUGAUAAAAUAAUGUUGAUCGAAUUAAUGGUGUUACAUCGAAUAUAUGUUGGUGGUCAUCUUUGUAAUUUAAUUAAUCCAAUAACUCUACUCAAUGGUCAACCAACUCCAGAAGUUGUUCAAACGGCUUCAAAUGAUUUACCAACAAUUUAUCCAUUAUCAGUUACAGUAACAGCGACAAGUACACUUUAUAUAAUAACUUUUCCACCUGAAAUGGAUAAUGUACUAUUACUUACUUGUAUUUCAACAUCAACAAAUCCUCCUAAUGUUACUGAAAUAGUUCAAGGUGUUGCAUCAGGUUCUCAAAUAGCAUUUGAAUUUGAUGGUCAAUUAACAGAAUAUAUUGGUUUUACAAAUAAUAGUAUAAAUUCAUCAAAACUUCAAUCAACAUUUAAUGAAGUAUUUAGUAUUCAAUGUCCAAUAUCUCUUAAUAACAUUUAA